GUGAUACCGGGUCCAGAGAUUAAGAUGGAGAUGUUUUGAUAUACCUCGUUGUUCCAAUCGACGAGACUUACUUAUAAGAGCGACGUAUUGCCAUCUCAUCUUCUCUUCAUCAGUCUUCAGGGAAUUCGAGAAUAUCACAACAGUCAAACUUCAUCUCACCAUGCUUCAAAGUCUUCUCCUCAGCAUUCUAGCAACAGGACUCCUCGUUCAUGCAACUCCUGUUCCCGCACCAACAGGCGUACCAACUACUUCCACUGCUAAUACCGAACUUGCUGCUUUGACUGUUGCUGCGGCUGGAAGUCAAGAUGGUUAUGCUAGAGAUUUGUUUCCUACUGUAUGUUCUGCUCAUUCGGUCAUGUCAUGUCAUGCCAUCUCAUCCGCUCCUCCCUUGUUCCCCAAACCUCCACUUUCCUGCUCUCGCGCUUCUUUUCCUCCUAUACAUCCACUUCAAAAGCUAACCUCCCUCAUCUAGUGGAUAACCAUCUCCGGUAACUGCAACACACGCGAAACAGUCAUCAAACGUGACGGUACCAACGUUGUCGUUGACACAGCCUGUGCAGCCACAUCAGGAAACGUACGUACCUCCAAUUUAACCUUCCCUCCAUGACCCAACUCCCAAAUCCAUUAACUAUCACCUAAAUCCUACUAACAUUCCAUCCCCAGUGGGUAUCUCCCUACGACGGAGCUGUCUGGACCUCCGCCUCAGAUCUCGACAUCGACCAUCUGGUCCCCCUAAGCAACGCCUGGAAAGCCGGCGCCUCAGCCUGGACAACUGAUCAACGUCGAACCUUCGCUAAUGAUCUCGUCAAUCCACAAUUAUUGGCUGUGACCAGCACAGUUAACGAGAAAGGGAUCGGGGCCCUGAGGCUUGGAAGCCAAGUUUGAGUAAGUUUUCUUUUUUUGGGGGUUGGAAGUUAUGGUGAUGGUGAUGGUGAUGGUGAUGGUGAUGGUGAUGGUGAUGGUGAUGGUGAUGGUGAUGGUGAUGUAGAAACUAUAAAUACUAAUUGAGAUAUAGCUACUUACUGGUGCACAUAUGCGAAAAUGUGGAUCAAGGUCAAGUAUGUCUAUAAUCUUACAAUCACGAGUGAUGAGAAGGCGGCUUUGGUUACUAUGAUGGAUACUUGUUGAUUGUGGGUAUGUACAUGUACUUAUUUUGUCGCUUAAAUGAAGGGGGUAGUUAUAUAUGUAUAUGCGAGGGAUGGUACGGGCAGCAGAGGGAUGGAAAUGAUGGU